CCAGCAGCCAUCCAUCCCCCAUCUCCCUCAGCUGUGUCCAUCGACGAUGGAACAGUCGAUCACUGACUACCUCACGAAGCAGGUUCAGAUAGAUCGCAAUGUGGUCACUUUCAGGUCACUUAGCCGGUACUUCAACACGCACGUCAACACCGCGAAGAAUAACCUCGCCGCGUUUCAUGCUGCCUCCCGCAGCUCACAGGAGCCAGUAUACGCCACCUACAUGUUGACCGGUGAGGUCACUCCUCCCACGGCUCGAUCAGCACACUCGCAAGAGGACGGAAUGGAUGUCGAUGCGGGUGAUACUACAACGUCAGGGGAGAUGAGGGAGCACGAACGGGAGCAAGAUAGCGACGUGGUGCCGCUCAUGAAAGUACUUCUUGUCGGAGAAAACGAUCUUGAGAAGGCGAAAACGCAAUAUCUACGCGUCUUCUCGCAGGUCGUUUACAGUCUAUCACCGGCACAUCUCAUUGACUCAUCACUCAUAUGUCCACCUACUGAGAAGGUCUACGAAGUGGAUGCCAAAGUCAAAGCGGACACUCCAGCGUUACUCGGACGGCUUAUCGGACCUCACGUCCAUGUUGGAAAGCCUGUAGUUCUGACACCUUUGCCCGCGAAGACACCUGUCGUGCCCCUCGCAAGCACUGUGUCCAAGCAAGCCGCAGCUACGAAGUCGGAACAGCAGGAUUCUAAGCCGAAGCCGAAGCCCCAGGAAUCUAAGCCUUCGCUGAAACCUAAGGAAUCUAAGAUUUCACUGAAACCAAGGGCAUCAGGCACUCUCGACUGGGGUAAGGCAAAGUCAAAACAGCAAGACGAGGGCACAGCAACGAAGGGCAAGGAGAAGGAGAAAGCAAAGGAGAAAGAGGCUGAUGAAGUGAAGGAGAAAGAGAAAAGCAAAGUCAAACCGGAGGAUACGAAGAAGGUCGCUUCACCUGUUGCCCAAUCGAAGGCAAAGAAAGCGUCACCGGUAGGUGACGUGAAGGGUGGCAAGAUGGAAGAGAAGAGAGGUGUGAAACGCAAAUCCGUUCUGCCGUCUUCGUCCGACGAUGAGGAAGCUCAGGACAACACACCGCGCAAGAAAAGCCCCCUUACCUCUAGCCUCAAGCAGAAGGAGAAAGACGAAAAGCCGUCCACAUCAAAGAGCAGCACGACAAAGCCAUCGCUGACCGGCCGGAAGUCCACUCGUGCUCUUAUGUCGGACUCAGACGACGACGAUUCGCACUCUUCGGUUACCCCUCCUCCUGCUAAGGGAGCCGCUAAGAAUAAGAACGGCGUCAAGGCGAAGAAGGCGGUACUGUCUGAUUCAGACGAGGAGGAUACUGUGGAGCGAGGCAAACGGAGGAAGACAAAGGUAAAGGACAAGACCCGCUCAUCCAUUCCGGACAAAAGUCUCCAGGCAAUGAUGGAUAUUGACGACGACGAUGUCAUCAAAGCAUCCCGCUCUGUCGCAGAGGUUGAUACUGAGGUGGAGACGGAAGAGGAAGCGCCCCCGGAUACACAAACCGAGGACUUCAUCGAAGAUUCGGAACCCGAACGUGUGAAGCAGCGGCCAAGGAAGAGGAAACAGGAUAAGAAACCCGUGCCCGUGGGUAGUAACGGUCUGAAGAAACGGCGCGUAAUGCGGACACGCACGAAGACGGAUGUCAAGGGGUAUAUGGUCACUGAGGACUACUCCUCUUACGAGUCAGUCGAUGAAGAAGAGGUCGAAGAGCCUGUGAAGGGUAGAGGCAAAGGGAAGAAAGGUGCCUCAACGUCGACUAAGAGCAAGAAGAAUGCAGACGAGGACAGCAAGGAUGUGACAGAGGCGAAGGAUGCGAGCAAAGAGAAGAAAUCUGGGAAGGCUGCCGAAAAGCCCGCUAAGUCUCGCAAAUCCGUUGGGAAGGCAGGACAAGGUAGUCUUAUGAACUUCUUUGGUAAACCGAAGUAGUGUUAUUUCAUCGCUAGUUAUCCAGACGUCCA